GAGAGGCGCAGGAAGGUAGAGGAACAGUGUUUGGAGGGAGGACCUCGCUCAGCACCAACAACCUGCAACCCGCCAGCCGCAGUCUUUCAGUCAGAAAGGCGAUGAUGACACGAUAAUAGCGUCGUUGACUUUAACGAGGGAAGCGCUCGGGGAUUAACACGAGGCGUCCGCGCUUCAGCACCCUGGACAGCGCACCAGCCAAGUUGCGCCUUUCGCCACUUCUGGAGUUGAAUUCUCUCUACAGGACGAGCACAGCGGCGGACCUUAAUGAGGAACCAUGCGCGUGCCAACGUGUUCUCCAUCCCCUGGCGUAGACUGCGUAGCCCAACGGGACUUCUUCUGAAGUGAGAAAUGGACUUGGCAGAAACUCUGCUUGCGCUGUUCAUCGUCGUGGUCGCGAUCGUCUCUUUGCUGUCCAACUUGCUGGUGCUGCUAUGCUUCGUCCACAGCAGCGAGAUCCGCAAACAGGUGCCGGGCAUUUUCACCAUGAACCUGUCCUUCUGCAACAUCCUGAUCGCCACGCUCAAUAUGCCGUCCACUCUGGUGGGCAUCGUGAAGAACCAGCAGCCUUUCGGGGAUCGCCUGUGCCGCGCGGUCAGCUUUCUCGAGACUUUUCUGACCGCCAACACCAUGCUGAGCAUGGCAGCGCUGAGCAUCGACCGCUGGGUCGCGGUGGUCUUCCCACUCAGCUACUCUAGUAAGAUGCGCUACCGGGACGCGCUCGUGCUCGUGUGCUACUCGUGGCUCCACUCUCUCACCUUCUCGCUGGUGGCGCUGCUCUUCUCCUGGGUGGACUACAGCCAGGUCUACGCCUCGUGCACGCUGAAGCUGACCGAGGAGAGCGCGCGCACCAAGUUCGCCGUCUUCACCGUCGUCUUUCACGCCACCAGCUUCAUGCUGUCGCUGCUCAUUUUGUGCGUCACCUACUUGAAGGUGCUGAAAGUUGCACGCUUCCACUGCAAGAGGAUCGACAUCAUAACCAUGCAGACCCUCUUCUUGCUGGUAGACAUACACCCAAGUGUUAAGCAACGCUGCCUCGCCGAACAGAAGAGGAGGAAACAGCGCGCGACCAAGAAAAUCAGCAUUUUUAUUGGAUCGUUUAUCAUCUGUUUCGCCCCGUAUGUCAUAACCAGGCUGACGGAGCUUCUUCCCUUUGUGGAUAUCAAUCGGUACUGGGGCAUUGUCAGCAAAUGCUUAACCUACAGCAAGGCUGCUUCGGAUCCCUUUGCGUAUUCUCUUUUGCGCCAACAGUACAAAAAAGUCCUGGUAACAGUGGCCAACCGGCUACUGAAACGAGACUUAUAUCCUUCCUCUGGACAUAACAGUUCGCUGGACACAGAAAAUGACUAUUCUCUCCAAAGAAUCAGCUAAUGGCAGCUGUAGACACAGGAAAAUCCCAUUGCCUUGAUGUCAAAAGAGGAAGAUACAGAGACAGAGAGAGAGAGAGAGAGAAAAGGAGACAGUUAUGAUGACGAUCACCCAGAUACAGCUGGUGAUGAUGACAUGAUGUACACAUGGCCAUAUGCAGUACAGAUUGCAGUGGUAAACAUGGACAGUAGCAAAGGAUACGUGACUAAUUGGCCAUGUACUUCUUUUGUGCACAACCAACACACACACACACACAUGCACAAACAAGAUCACACACACACACACACACACACACACAAACAAGAUCACAUACACAGAUCAGAGACAUCAGAACAGGAUAACAAGCUCGCCAGAUGCCGCCAUCCCUUGCAGAGUGAGAUAAGCUCUUUUCCAAGAUGAUAUUUUAGUAGAAGCUCUAAUAUGAAAGUGGAAUUUUGGAAAACUACCUUGAACCAAAGCCAUCAGUGCACAUAAUGUGGCAAAUGGCAUCAGUGGACCUCUUUAAAUGGAAAAAAGUGUUAUUUUCCAUUGAUGUUUCUACUUGUAGACAGCCUAGUUAUUUUAUUUGUUAUAAAAGUGGACCUCAUCGUUAAACUACUCGUGAAUUCAUUGUGAAUUCACUCAUUCACAAGCCUAUCAGUCACUGGACAAUACUGCACUUUGUUCUAAGUUGAUAUUUGCUAUUAGUUUCAAAAUCAGCCAAAGUUGACUAUCACGCUGUAGUACAGUAUCUAUGAUUUGUUGUAACUGAAUGUACUAGAUUCUUGUUACAGCAGCACAUUGUGCACGCAAGUCGUGUUUCUAGAGGUUUUGAUGUGACUACUUUGCACAGUAUAAGAAAUUUAUAGUGUACAAAAAUUUGUUUUAAUCAGUGAGGCAGGUGUGUGACGUGAGGAGUGAUUAACCAAUGAAGUGAGUAAUGAAGUGCUUUAAACUGUAUUUGUGCCAGAUUUGUUGAAAAUGUACUGUUUUUGUGAACAUGGUGCAAUAAAUUAGAAGACAUAUUAUCAAGUCAUUAAAGCUAAGCUAAUAUUUUUA